UAGGUGCCCGACCUGACAGAUGACAGUUGCAGUUGCGAGCUGGCUUAGCUGGAAGUACGUUGUUCGUGUAGCGCGAUUUGGCAGUGGUUUGUUUUUGUGGCCGUGAUUGUGAUAUUUUCGUGUUUCCUCUGUGAUAAAGAUCUACAGAAAAUAUCAAAAUGGCAAGCAGACUGGCUGGGCAGACUAUAAACGAUCGAUUUUUGGCCGCUAGACACAGUCUAGCGGGUCAAGGACUGGCUAAAGCCGUCUGCAAAGCAACCACUGAAGAGCUGAUCGGACCGAAAAAGAAACAUUUAGACUAUUUAGUUCAUUGUACUAAUGAGCCCAACGUGUCCAUACCACAGCUGGCCAAUUUGUUAAUAGAAAGGUCACAAAACGCCAACUGGGUGGUGGUUUACAAAGCCUUAGUGACAUGUCAUCAUAUGAUGUGUUAUGGAAACGAGAGAUUUACACAAUUCCUAGCAUCAAGCAACAGUACAUUUCAACUGAGCAAUUUCCUAGACAAAAGUGGCCUUCCAGGAAUCCUUAAUUCAAAGACUGGUUACGACAUGUCCCCAUUCAUAAGAAGAUACGCCAGAUAUUUAAAUGAGAAGGCUUUAUCCUAUCGAUCUGUGGCCUUUGACUUCUGCAAAGUGAAACGAGGCAAGGAAGAUGGUGUUAUGCGCACGAUGAAUCCGGACAAGCUACUCAAAACGAUCCCCGUCCUCCAAAGCCAACUGGGUGCAUUAUUGGAUUUCGACUGUACUGCCAAUGACUUAAGCAAUGGUAUCAUAAAUAUGUGUUUUAUGCUGCUUUUUAGGGAUCUUAUAAGACUGUUUGCCUGCUACAAUGAUGCCAUUAUUAAUUUAUUAGAAAAGUACUUUGAUAUGAACAAGAAGCAAUGCAAAGAAGCCCUUGAUAUAUACAAGAAGUUCCUCGUACGAAUGGACAGCGUUUCUGAAUUUUUAAAAGUUGCAGAAAAUGUUGGCAUAGAUAAAGGUGACAUUCCAGACCUUACAAAGGCCCCAAAUAGUCUACUUGACGCUCUAGAACAGCACUACAAUCAUAUGGAAGGGAAAAAAGCUUCUGCAAGUUCAAGUGCAACAAGCAACAAUAAUCAAAAGAGUGUUAAGUCUGGAGUGUCCGUAUUAAACUCCACAAGCAAUGCAUUUGGAACCAUUGCCUCCAGUGGCAGAUUAGACGCAGUGAACGGCAUUGAUGAGAAUCUUAAGCUUAAGGUUCUAGCUGAAGAGGAAGCAGCCAUGAACCAAUUCAAGUCAAAAAUUUCCCCGGGAUCUACCGCCAAUAAUCCGUUCCUGAGUAGUUCAUCAUCUUCGGCAACAGUCUCCAAUCAGUCCACUCCGGCCGUGGAUCUGUUUACCACUGAAGCUCCAACUGCAUCUAUCAAAGCCUCCGAUGACUUACUGCAACUCUCAAAUCCGUUUGUCGAUCCAUUCAAUCAACCCGCUCCAGCUUCAAACAACUUUUCCAUGCAGCAACAGCUGACGAGUGCAUGGGUGGUGAAUGGCAAUGGGUACGACGUUCAACCGACAAGGACCAAUCCGAUAGUUUCAAACGGGGGCUUUGUGAGCGAAAACAGUUUUGCUUCAGUUUUUGGUAACACGGGAGCAUCAGGAAACUUUGAUGCCCUUGGCGGAGUUCUUCAGCCGAUCAACAACAACGGGCAAAUUACGAAUGGCACUCCACUCACUAAUAGCACGCCUGCCGAUGGUAGUCAGCAAGCGCCAAAUGGGGGCUUACUAACAGGAGACCUUGAAUCCAGUUUGGCGUCCCUCGCUGAGAACCUUACCAUCAAUGACCGGAAGCAAACCAUUAAGGGUGUACAGUGGAACUCCAGUAAAAACAGUUCCAAGCCCAGUUGGACGCCUCAACCGAUGUCCGCAACCACUGGGGCGGGGUACAAGCCUAUGAACCAACAGUUGAACAACGCCCCAUUUGGCACAUUAUUCACUCCUGCCGCCCCUACCGCAACGCCGAUUGUGGCACCCAUGUUGAGUCAGCCGAUUUUUCCACAAUUGCCUCAAAUGGGUAUGAAAUCAAUUGCCCCAAUGAUUACUCCGCUAAGUCCUAUGGGUUCGAUGAGUACAAUUUCACAACAGCCCAAUUCUAUGGGAGCGCAACAACAGCAGCUGCUCUUCCAUUGAUGAUAGUUUGCAGGUGACACCACUAUUUGUUAUUAGAUGUUUGUAAAUAUUUUGUUAUAUAAAGUAAUGCCUAAACAUCUAUACCGAAAUCUUGUCCUCUUGAAUGAUGUCAAUUGAAGUGAUACGCAGAAAUUACCAGGCGACCACACAACAUUGUUAUAUUAUCCAUCGAACAUCUAAGCUAUUACGAACCGGUGUGCAAAUUUAUAGGUGAAGUUUAAAGCCUCUAAAAUAUAUUAAUAUUCCAAUAAGAUAGAAAAGUUUCUUCAGCAUUUAACUGUUUGCACCGUGGAUCAACGUUUGCGCUACCGAUGAAAUAAUGAUAAUUAAGCUACCUAGUUUCACCAGAGGCUGUUUUAAUCUUCUUGGCAUAUUAAUAUACGCGUUAACUUUUAUAUCAAUUUUGUGAUACGAAGAAGUAAAAAAAUCAUGGUUACAUAAGAAAUUUUUGCAUUGUGAUAUGGUUUUAAAUCUUUGAAAAGUGUUUUAUAAUUUGUAGUUUAGAUCGUAUUGAAUCAAAUACUUAACUUAUUACGCAUCCAUGCAAACGUGAGUAUUUUUAUAAGACCAACUUGUUCUAGUUUCUAAUGGUUAAAAGGUUUACAUGUGCCCAACAAAAAUAUAUUUUUACUACUACUUUUGUAGGGGAACGAAUAAGGUAUAUUAUUAUGUAUGCCGUUUUAAAUACUGUAUACACUAAACAUCAUCAUCAUUGUGAAAUAAAAAUAUUCUAAAUGGACUCCCGGACAAUAAAUUCUAACAGGUCCACACAUUAUGUUUGAAUCUUUCAGAUAUACAAUCUAUAUUAAAUAUUUAUGUGUCCAAAUUAGGCAUUGUUAGCUAAGAUAAUUUAGUAUACCUUUAGAAGAACGUAAAAUAAGUCCCGGCACUAAGCCAAAGUAAGAAGGCGUUUACUGACAUUUAGAUGUUUCGUACACUCUAAAGGUAUGCAAACACCGCAUCAAAAUGUUUAUAAAUUGCCAUAUUAACGAUAUGUUGUAACUUUUUUAAGCUGUUUUGGCACCAGACUGUUUGGAUCGAUUUUGGCAAUAAUACGUGAUUGGUUCAAAAGGUAUGGCUUUCAAGAUAUUUAAAUACACUGAUGUAUCUACCUAUUCUAAGAUAUUUAAAUCCAUCUUCUUUUAGUAGCGCUUUUUGUAUAGAGGAACUCGUUAUUUAAAUGUACAUUAUAACAUUGCAAUUGAA